UGGGUUGUACAGUAACGGCUGCACACCAGUCCACAUAGUGGCGAUUUGUCAGCAGUUAAGUGGGGCCACAUCGCUUACCAAUAGCUGAACGGCAACUGGGACUCCAUAAAUCCAUCGCAUAAACAUCCCAACUGGACAAUUACAUCUUGAGGUCGCUCUGUGAUUGGCUGAGGGUACGCCAUCCAGCCUGGAAGACAGCCAUCUUGGGCCAUACAAAGGCCGCUCCACUGACAGCAGUAAAUCCACAAAUUCCUCAAGCCAGAAAAGCCAUAAAACGGGCAAAACGAGGUCACAAAUCAAUCUCUCAAAUGAGCCAAUACUUUCUCAAGUCGCUGUUCGAGAAAUAUCAGCCGGGGGAGUCAUGGUUUCCGAGCGGUUUCGAGCCGGUGGCGCCCAGUCGGGGAGCGUUAGUGGGGGACGGGGCGGCUCCAGCCGGCUGGCGAUGCGGGGCCGGCGUGGCCAGCGGCCCGUAUGGAUCCUACGAUAAUUCACCGGCCGCCACGAACUGUAUGGCCGGAGCCGGGCUCAACAGCCAGGCCUUCACAGCCGCUUACAACUACCCAUCCUGUUCUUUCAAUGCCACCUACUCCCAGUCGGGCUACGACAACCAGUUCAAUACGUACGCGGGCGGCUAUGCCACAGCAAACUACCACCAGGGGGCUUGGAACCAUGCAGACAAGGGGCCGACGGCAGGAGUGUUAGAGGGUGCCUGCUACCCGCUACAGAUCAGCAGAGUUACUCAGUUAGAACCUGACAGACAGCACAGUAAGGAUAGCCUUCACCAUUCAAAUAAAGACAAAAAGUCGGACUCUAAUAACGCAACGUACAAAGGUCCCGUUUACGGAUGGAUGAAAAUUCCAGGGACUCAGAUGAUCGGGACGGAUAAAAAGCGCGGCAGGCAGACAUACACGCGGUACCAGACGCUGGAGCUAGAGAAGGAGUUCCACUUCAACCGCUACCUGACCAGGAAGCGGCGCAUCGAGAUCGCUCAGAGCGUCUGCCUGACGGAGCGGCAGAUCAAGAUCUGGUUCCAGAACCGCCGCAUGAAGUGGAAGAAAGAGCAGUGCAGGGACCCGUCCGCGGCCGACGUCUCCCCCGGGAAAACGGAGAAUGAAGACCGGGACGAAGAUGAGGAAGAUGACGAAGACGGAGACGACGAAGAAGAGGACAGCAUGGAGAAGGGACAAUCGGACGAGGAAGGGAAAAAGUGAUGGGUGCCACGCACCGCGCCGACUGUAAAGUUGAAUCCCGAACGUUGCGUCGCAGGAGCGUGCCUUCUGGCUUCUUCGCCUCCCUUCGAAACAGAACAUGGCGGAUGGGGUUGUUCUGGGGCGGUCACGUGACCCGGACGCCUGGUGAAUUUCCCCUCAGAAGGCCGAAUCAUAUUAUAUUGACCGUGUAAUAACCUACACGUCACGCUUGCGAGUAUCGCCCAAGAUAUAUCGACAGUUUCUUGUCCUCUCCCCCACCAAAAAAUUGGCCGCGUGUCGUGUUUCGUUCGCUUGGGAUUUGGUUCUCUAGUGAGAAAUUCAUUAGCUGUCUCCCCCCAUGUUGUAGAGAGUCCUAUCAUAGGUGAAAUGAUGCAGCUGUAUGUGAGUGACAUUUUCCCCCUUUUCUCGGUGAGGAUGAACGGUAGGCUUAUCCCGAAAACGAGAACACAAAGAUUAUUCUGGACCCGUUCCAUUAGUUUUAGUCACGUUGGUCCAAUUUUGUACAAGUUCUUAUGCGCUACUACAAGGUCCCAAUUUGAAAGUUGUUCGUAGCCUACACGUCGAAUAAACUGUAAAGGAGACUAUGCAUGUGGAAUGAUACUGAGUCGGUAAUGCAAAAAAAUAGCGUUUGUUGCAUGCAGUAUCACUUAACUCUAAAAGACACAAAACAAAAUUCAAAACAUUGUGAGUGAUUCAGAUUUACAUAUCCUGCUCACGAUUUGUACAAAAUCCCCCCCUCACUGUUCGUGUAUGUUACAAUUGUAUAGAUCUGCAAAAAAACCAACAAAAACCACACCGUCACGUAUUUCGUAAUAAUAUUGUAUCGAAAAAUGGAAACGUAAUGUUCCUGCCACAUAACAAAAUGAAUACAGCAUGUAUUAAUUUUAGUUGUUCUAAUAUGUAAAAACAAAUAAUUAAAGAGGAAUUAAAAAUCUUUGCAGUCUUUAUUAACUGCAUUGGACAAAUAUCGAACAACUUUGAUGGCUUAAUUAACACUGAAAUUUAAUAUUGAACUAUGAGGCGUUGGAGAAAGAUUUGAAUAGGUCCAUCUGCCUUCAUCAUAGACAUUUAUGAUUAAGUGAAGUUAGUGGGUGAAUGAUACGUUUUAUUUCUCCAACAUAUGCAGCACAAACGAAUGUACACAUCAAGAAGGGAAAAAUGAACCCACACAUGUAGCAGUUACAGUUUCGUUUCGUACUGUUUUUGUACUUCUGAUACAGGUGUUAUACCGGAGACAUUAUAGAUUUAUUAUUCAUGUUUCGAGACUGUCGUGUUUCACAUCAAUCUUGUGCCGGUGGAUAAAAAAAAAACCUAAAUGGGAUUAUGAGUUGUA